AUGGCCCGCAAGAAGGAACGCCACCGGGAGCCACCGGCGGGGCCCGAUGAGGAGGACAAGCUCUCCUGGCGCAGCGCCGGCGGUGAUGUCUGGGAGCGCGCACUCGACGAAUCGGAUAUUUCGCGCGACGUCGACCCGGACAAGAGCUUCUUCGAUACCGACGACGUGACCCGGGCGGUGGAUCGGCUGACCACCGCGAUGGUCCGAGCGGGCGGGGUGGGGUGCGUGCUCAAGGGCGGCCUGAACCUCUUCUCGUGGCUCGCCGGCAGGAGCAAAUCGAGGCGGCGCGGCUCGACGAGCGGCAAACCCGGUCCGUCCGUCCGCGACGCGCUGCACGACACCGCGGCGUUCGCGUCGUUCCUCGUGGCAUUCGCGGGAACCUACGUGUCCGUGGACGAGUGCCUGGCGCUGAGGUACGGGAAGCAGCAGAGCAAGCAGUGGAGGGCCGCGGUCGCCGGUUUAGUCGCGGGGCCCGCGCUCCUACUCGCGGACGGGCCGCACGUCAAGGGCGGGGGGGCAAAGAGGCACUACGGGCUCGCCACCUACCUGUGGCUUCGGUCCACCGUGCUCAUCGCUCGAUGCGGUUUGAAGCGGCGCGACUCUCGCGAUACCCACCCGCUCGCCAAAGCCGCGCUCGCGCCCUUCGCGCACGAGCACGCCGACGUCGCGCUGAUGAUGGCGAGCACCUGGGUCAUCCUCUCCUGCUUCGUGCUCAAGCCCGACGCCCUGCAGGGCGCCUACGGAUCGUUCCUCAACAAACACGGCGGGAAGACCAAGGCGCAUUACGCCGCGCUGAGGGCGAUGGCGCUCGCCUCCACGGCGGCGCAGACCCGCGACGCGAUCCGAUCCGCGGCGAUCGCGCUGUUCCCCACCGGCUCCACCGCGCACGAGGCGCUCAUGAACGUGGCGAACAUGGACGACGGUUCGCUCCUCGCCGCGAAACCGACGCUCUGGGGCCUCGUGCUCUACCCGGGCUCCGACGCGCUCGCGCACUUUUUCGGGUUCUACCGCGAGGCGUUGGGCCGGGCGCUGCCCAUCUACGUCCCGCUCUACGCCAUCCCGGCGCUCAUCGUCCACAGGCACAGGCUUUUGGGUCCCAGAGGGGGUGUUUUGGCGAUGAGAGCGGCGGCGGGCGCGGGGCGGUCGAGCGCAUUUCUCGCCGCGUAUUGCGCCUGCGCUUGGCUGGCGCCGGAUGCGUUGCAACGGCUCGUGUUCGGCACGCUGAGCGGGUGGACCGUGUCCGUCUCCGUGCCCCUCGCCGGGCUCGCGGUGCUGAUCGAGAAGCCCAGCCGGCGGCAGGAGCUGGGCGUUUACUGCGCGUCCAGGGCGCUGGAGGCGGCGGCGGUGUGUUUGGUGUCGUGGGGGUGGGUGCCGCGGCGGCUGGCGGCGCGGACGAGGGCGGACGUGGCGCUGUUCGCGGCGGGCGCGGCGGCGAUCAUGCACUGCUACAACACGGAACGGGACGUGUUCAGGAGCAAGUACUUGAACGUGCUGGACUUUGUGUUUGGGAACGCGGGUCACGGCCGGCAGUGCAUCAGACACGUCGGGAGUUACUACCAGGUGGCGUUCGUGGGUGGUGAUACUCAUAAAAAUGAGUCAGCUAGUCGACAGUUCCGAGACGUUUCCUCGUGA